UUAGGUAGCCAAAAAUCUUUGAAUAGUAAUGUUAAUGAACGCCAGAUAUAUUCUAUUGAAGGCAUUCCAGUAUUUUAACGUGUCUUGUGCUAUACCAGGAUGCAUUUAUUGUUUACAUUGUAUAUUCUGGCACAACCAGUUUCCGAAGCCGUAUGAUUUCCCCACGGAAGGCCCCCGGACAAAUCUCGCUGAGGAAUGAAACGGCGGACGAGAGUUUCACUGUCGUUACUGUGAGCAGGGCUAUCGUGCUGUCCCCAGGUAAAUCUUCUGGACAAUAGUUAAUUCAGCAUAGCAUUUGGUCCGUGUAAACAUUGACCAGUCCGGAUUAUUUCUUCCACAGGAGGGGAUGCAUAUACCACAACAGCUCGCCUUGAUCUAUGUUGAUGAUCGAUCCUUUGAUUGGGGUGUGAACGUCUAAGCGUGCCGACGACCCGUGGCAAACUAUUCACGAAUCUGUCUUUAAGCUGUUUUAACCUGACCCGUUUUCAACAAGUAUCGCGAUGAAGUACCAUGGCUGGCGAAGGUAUUUGGUGGCAAUUUGGGCGUUUGUGGAGACCUUUCUAUUCGCAGGGUUGUUGUAUGGAUGGGCUUCAGUGAAUUGGGUACUGAAGCAAGAAAAUGUGUACGCAGACCUUUGUCCUCAAACAACAGUCAAUACAAAUGCGACUUUUAAUGGAAGCGCUGUGGUGUCGUACGAUAUUUUAUCCGCGAAUUCGACGACAUUAAAUGAGACUGAUAGCGGCGGAAUACCCAUUGGACGUGGGCGCCAGUGUAAACCUCAAGACGAGAAAUUUGCUCUGUGUUUCACGAUCGGUUCAGCACUAUUCUGCGCAAGUUCGGCACUAUUCGGACAUAUCAACUAUAAGUUUGGAACACGUAUUACUCGAAUAUGCUCCAUGGUCAUCUUCAUGGCGGGAACUGUUAUGUUCGCAUUCGUGGACACAGAAAAACCUUGGCUGAUAUAUCCCGGUUUGGCGUUCAUUGGGAUGGGCGGACUACCGCUAUUGGUGACCAACGCCCAAAUCGGAAAUUUGUUUCCCAAAGGAAGUUCGACGUGGAUAGGACUUCUCUGUGGGGGAUUCGAUUGUUCAUCAGCAAUACAACUUCUGGUCAAGGUGGCGUAUGAAGCCGGAGUAAGAAUACAGUACUCAUAUGGUUUGUUGACUGGACUGCACUUGAUGGUAGGCGUGAGCACCUUUGUCUUCCUUCCAAAAUACUUCAUUCCUCGUCCGUCAGAAACAGUGAGUACUGAAGUGGCCCAGGACGAAAAGGCGGUCGACCUUCUGGAGAACGAAAAGAUGGACCAAAGCGCCACCAACGAAAACGGUCAGGUUUACGAAAAGACGACAUUUGAGGUGAGCGACGAAAAAGCUUCUGAUACCCCCUCUCUAAAGGCAUGUAUGUUGUCUGCUACCUUUCUGCUACAUGUCCUUUGGCUAUGUUUGCUUCAGCUCCGUUUCUAUUUCUUCCUGGCUUCCGUCAACACAUAUCUCCACAGAAUCACAAAUGAUGACAAAUACAAAGUGAGCUAUUUUACGAAUGUGAUGAUGUACACUAUGCUCGGAGGAUUGUUUUCCUCCAUGUUCUCUGGAGUCGUGUAUGACUGGCAGCGAAGGAUGUUCAAAGAUAGUAGAGUGGCACUUAGGCGAAAGUUGAUGCCAGCCAUCUUGCCUUUGAUGAUCACGUGUGGACUAGGUGUCCUACUGUCCUUGCUGGUGCUCAUUCCUUACGAAGAGGUCCUGUACUUUGUGUUUAUCGUCAUGACAUUAUAUCGAUCGUUUAUCUACAGUAUUGGUGCCGCCUACCUGAGUGCUAUGUUUCCAAAUGAGUACUUCGGCUUGUUGUAUGGAGUUUGGAUUAUUGUGGCUGGUUUAGUAGGCUUUCUACAGAUCGCAUUCUUCAGCUGGGCACAAUCGUAUAUUGAUGGACCCUUCCAUGCGGACUUGUUUUGCCUAUGUUUUGUGUCCCUUUCGUUCAUCCAUCCAGCUUAUCAAUGGUGGACUUGUCGGAGAGAGGCUUACAAUCUAUCGUAACAGCAUCUUUCCCAACUUCGGCAUAUCGGUUUUCCAUUCUGAAUUCUUCGGGAUAAUUGUCCAUAGUAAAGGAGAUCAUAACGAUUUGUCACAAAACAAAACUAGCGAACAGCGUUGGUGCUUAGACUUAACAGAAAUCGUAGCAAUGUGAAAUCAUGGCAUAAUACCAAUCAUAGAGUUUUUCGACAGACACAGAUUGGAUUGUGAUUUCUUUUAAAGUUUAUUCCAGAUUUCACGGAAGGUCAGAUCCAUGCUUAUCAGCGUAGAUGAAUCGGCUCUCGCUGCAUUUGCUAUAGGUUCCAUUUACUCUAUGUAGCGGCGUAUGUAAGCAGAAAUGGUUGACUAACAGAAAUAAAUAUUGAAAUACAUUCUUAAAUUUAUUCUGACUACAUGUUACACAACCUCUUCUCACAAAAUUCAGUAUUGAGACUUAUAGUGUUCUAAUCGACUGUAUUUCCACACGGUACACAGUGUUGAAGACAGUGACUUUGUAGUUGUUUGUAGUGCGUAGUUCAUAAGUUUUGUUUGUUUCCGAUGUGUUUAGGGUCAUCAUACCCGAAGAUUCAAGAUGUCAUAUAGUUGUCAUGUUUCGUCGUGCGCCGUCGCCUUACGUAAACUUUCAAGUGACUUUGUUUCAAUAACCAAAAGGCUCAGAAUGUUGAUAUUCCGCCUAUAGCGUGCAGGAGUGAAGGGCUACCAAAUUUGUUAAAAUGAAUUACCUUGAACGGCUUUCAAUGUCACAGAUGCCAAAUAUGUUUAAAUGACUUUCCAAUACACAAAAGGCAAAUGAUGCUGAUAUUAAGCCUGUAGCACCCUGGGACUACAAAGUUUAAUUAUAUUAUUGACCCACUUUCAAGGUCGCAUGUGUCAAAUGUGUUGAAAUCUUUAAACAACUUCUUCUCAAUAACCUAAAGACACAUGGUGUUGAUAUUAGGCAUGUAGCAUACUGGGAUGAAGUUCAAGUUUGUUAAAAUGUCUUUAAACAACUUCUUAAUAACCAAAAGGACAAGGGUGCUGAUAUUUGGCCUGUGGUGUGAUGGCAUAGAGGGCUAACAAGUUUGUUCCUUUUAUUUAUCUUAACUCACUUCAAGGUCACGGGUAUCAAACAUUUAAACAUCUUUGAACGACUUCUCAGUAACCAAAAGACCCAGAGUGGUGAUACUAGGUCUGUAGCAUGUUUGGAUGAAGGGCUAUCAAUUGUGUUCAAAUGAAUGACCUUGAAAUAUGUCAGAAUCUUAAAAAAACUUCUUCUGAAUGACCAAAAGGCUUAGGGUGCUUAUAUUGGGUCUAUGACAUGCUGGGAUGAAGUUUUAUCAAUUUUUUCAUGUGAUUGACCUUUUCUGUUUUUAAAGAUCGCAGGGGUCAAUUGUGUUAAAAUCUUCAAACGAUGACUUAUCAAUAAUAAAAUGGUCGAGGUUGGUUUAAAACGUAAGUGGAUGAAGGGCUUCCAAAUUUAUUCAGAUAAUUGACCUUGACCUAUAAUAAAAGUCUCUGGUUAAAUAAGUGAGAUCUUAAUCAACAAGCAGUAGGUCCGGAGUAAUUGGUUGUUGAGAAAUUUUGCAUGUAUAGGUCUUUAUAAUCAGAUGACCGUUAAGACCCAUGGGUCUUUUCUUUAUUUUGACUAGAUAUAACGACAUCUUUUGACAAAAAUAUUGAGACUUUUGUAUAAUCUGUAUUUUCCAAAGUUAACAGUGUUGACAGUGACAUUUUAAUUGUUUGCAGUGCUUAUUUCGUUAUUUUUAUGUUUUGCUUCCGAUAUUUCUAUGUUUUUACUAAUGUAAAUUUCCUCAAGUGAGUACAUAGUAUUAUAAUAUCGUACAUUUCAAUGUGAUUUUACAAAUAUAACGCAUUACUUACAUUUUAGUGAUAACUACAAAUGUGUACUAACUUCCUCAAGAUCAAAUGACCCAUUGUAUGUAUUUACUUUGUUUUUAAGACAAUUUACACUGAUCAAAUAUUUAUUCGGGAAAGGAAUUGAUAUAAGCUUAACGUUUCUUUUUUAACCCACAUAUACUAUAUACUAUACGCAUCAAUCUGCUAAAAUUGUUGUGUAAAGUAAAUUAAAUAUUUAUAUGCCACGGUUUAAUUCAUUCGAAUAUGACCACGCUUCACGUGCACUAGACGCUGUUAUUAAAAUAUCACAUAUAUGAUAAUUACACAUGAAUUGGGUAACGGGGCUUAUGCUUCUUUCUCCCUGUCCAGAUUUUGACUUUUCUUUUGAUCACUAUGGAUUUUCCUCAUUCAUCUCCUAGGCUUCAAAAAAUAGGCCCUUAGCAUCCUAGACGAGUCGGAAGGACAAAACAACUGUAUGGUGUAGUUUAAUUCACUGCUUGACUUAAUUGUAACCAACUCUAAAAGUUGUAUCAGAAGGUGCUAUUCACUUGUAUGUCUUUUAAAGACCAAUUUAAAUAAUGUUUUGUCAUUUGCUGAAGCUUUAUUCUGCAUUUCCCGAUGAAAUGUUAUCUGUCAUGAACAUGUAUCCCGUUUUUUAUCCGUCAAUUUUUCCCAAAAUCAAAUACCAUUUUUAAUGCAUGUAGUAUCUUUAUACUAGUUUCCCCGGUAACAUGUAUCUAGGACAGUUAUUUUUGUCUAAAUACCUCUGUUUAGCUCCUCAGGAUGAUCAGAUCAUUCCAUAAUAGGUUUUUACUCGUGCUUUUUACUGGUGCUGAAAGAACAAUACAAAUAACUUUUAUUUUGUAAACCGACACAUUUUAUAUGGUUUUAAAAGAAACAGAUAAGAAUAUGUCGAGGUUAGUUUUAAAUCAACAAUGUGUUCAGAUGUUUUGUAUGCAAUGUUAUGUAUGAUUGUUGUACAUGUAUUUUUCAUCUCCACUAUUUGCAUAUAUUCUACUGUAUCAUGUGAUGUCAAUUGAACUGGUUCUUUAAGUGUAUCAUUGCAUCGAGAGCCAAUAAACGUUUUGCGUUAAUGGUUGUUACAGUGUUAUCCAUGAAUUUGUGCGUUACACAAGUAUACAAAUAUGUUAUUGCCAAACAAAUGACAACAUAUCAUGUAUUGUUUGUUAAACAGUCCAGUGUUAACACGAAAUGUUGAAACAGAAAUAAAUGUUAUUUUGUGCAA